AAUAUUGUCCAAGCUAUUAACUACAAGUCAGAUCUUUUGCCAAAUAAAUAUGAAGGAGGCUUCAAAGUGUGGGAAUGCACGAUUGAUCUGUUGCAGUAUUUCAUCAAAAAUGAAAUUUCAUUCACAGGCAAAUCAGUGUUGGAUCUUGGUUGUGGUGCUGGCUUUCUUGGAGUUUAUGCUCUGCUGAAUGGUGCUACAGACGUUCAUUUCCAGGAUUAUAAUGAAGAAGUCUUGAAAAGGUUGACAAUUCCAAACAUUGCCAUCAAUUUGCCAAAGAGCUCAAACGCAGCCCAUGGUGUUAGGUGUUUUGCAGGUAGUUGGAGCAGGAUGGCUGAGAAAGUUACCACUCAGUACGACGUGAUCGUGUCGUCAGAGACAAUCUACUGUAAAAAAUACUACGAAAGUUUGCACCGAAUUUUGAAAGAUUUCUUAAAACCUGAAGGAAUGUGUCUACUAGCUGCGAAGACCUACUAUUUUGGAGUUGGAGGUGGAGUGAGAGAGUUUGAACGUUUUGUUGGAAGCAUGGAUGUCCUUAAGUUCAAGACGUUUCCAGUUUUCAAUGAAGGUGCAAAGUUUAUUUUGUGGCACAGCAUCACUUUUAUUCACAGAUGUUUAUUAUUUUUUUGA